AAUCACUGGAAAGGACAUUUUUCUUGACAGAAAAGUGCAUGUGCGUCUUUGUAGUGACCGAGAGCGAAUGUCUGAUGUGAGAGCACCGCUCAGUAUUCCUGCUCCCUUAAAUCAAAAUGGCAUUGUGUUGGUCUCCGCGUUGUAGAGCGGGCGGAGGAAUUCUCACUGUACCGUGGCAUUGUGUUAUUUUCGAGACAGACUCCAGCCCUCGCUCACCCCAACCCCCGAGCCGAGUCUCGAACCGCUGGAGGAAGGGAAGCGGAAACUUCGGCCGCUGCUCUUAAUUUGGAUGGCCGCGGUGAGACGAUGACGCGUAUUGGUGAUGGACAGAGCGGAUGGCCAAUCGCUAUCGUAGUGAGUCCUUGAUUGACGUCACCGCACCAAUCACCAUCAAGGAGGACGGGCCUUAGGUGUGAUAAGUGGAUACAUUGUGAAUGAUUCUUUGGUAGCUGGUCUAUGCUGCCUGGCCUGCUGAGCUCCUCCAGCAUUUUGUGUGUGUUCUCUGGAUUUCCAGCAUCUGCAAAUGUUCUCUUGUUUGUGAGAGUGGGAAAGAGCAGAGCCAUCGAGUGAAGGGGGGAAAGGAGCGGAUUCCCAGGAUGGAAGGCGGAAUGCAGUUACUGAACCGUGACGGACACAGCAUCUCCCACAAUUCCAAACGGCACUACCACGAUGCCUUCGUCUCCAUGAACAGGAUGCGGCAGCGGGGGCUGCUCUGCGACAUCGUGCUGCAUGUGGGGAACAAGGAAAUCAAGGCACACAAACUGGUGCUCGCCUCCUGCAGCCCGUACUUCCAUGCCAUGUUUACAAACGAGAUGAGUGAAAGUCGCCAAACGCACGUGACGUUACAUGACAUUGACCCUCAAGCCUUAGAGCAGCUCAUACAGUACGCCUACACUGCCGAGAUUGUGGUGGGAGAGGGUAACGUGCAGACCCUGCUCCCUGCGGCAAGCCUGCUGCAGCUGAACGGAGUCCGGGACGCCUGCUGCAAAUUCCUGCUGAGCCAGCUCGAUCCGUCCAAUUGCUUAGGGAUCCGGGGAUUCGCGGACACUCACUCCUGCAGUGACCUGCUGAAAUCUGCACACAAGUACGUGCUCCAGCACUUUGUGGAGGUUUCCAAGACUGAGGAAUUUAUGCUGUUACCACUGAAACAGGUGCUUGAUCUUAUCUCCAGUGACAACCUGAAUGUCCCUUCAGAAGAAGAGGUCUAUAGGGCCGUGCUGAGCUGGGUCAAACAUGAUGUGGAUAGCAGACGCCAGCAUGUCCCUCGACUGAUGAAGUGCGUGCGCCUGCCUCUGUUGACGCGGGACUUCCUGAUGAGUAACGUCGACACGGAACUGUUGGUCAGGCACCACUCCGAGUGCAAAGACCUCCUCAUCGAGGCUCUGAAGUAUCACCUCAUGCCCGAGCAACGUGGAGUCCUCAGCAACGCCAGAACCAGACCUCGACACUGUGAAGGUGCUAGCCCUGUCCUUUUUGCAGUCGGUGGCGGCAGCCUGUUUGCCAUCCAUGGAGACUGUGAAGCGUACGACACCAGGACAGACCGGUGGCACAUGGUGGCCUCGAUGUCAACGCGACGAGCACGGGUUGGUGUGGCUGCGAUCGGCAACGGACUGUACGCAGUAGGGGGGUACGACGGCACUUCCGACCUGUCGACUGUUGAAUCCUAUGAUCCCGUCACCAAUUCCUGGCAGCCAGAGGUAGCCAUGGGGACCAGGCGGAGCUGUCUUGGUGUGGCGGUACUGCACGGCUUGCUCUAUGCUGUGGGCGGCUACGAUGGUGCGUCGUGUUUAAACAGCGCAGAGAGGUUUGACCCACUCACAGGAUCCUGGUCGUCUGUGGCCGCAAUGAACACCAGGAGACGAUACGUCAGAAUUGCAACAUUAGAUGGGAACCUCUACGCCGUGGGUGGUUACGACAGCUCCUCACACUUGGCAACGGUGGAAAAGUAUGAUCCACAGACCAACACCUGGACCACCAUCGCCAACAUGCUGAGCCGCCGGAGCAGUGCCGGUGUGGCGGUGCUGGAGGGGAUGCUGUACGUCGCCGGUGGCAAUGAUGGGACCAGCUGCCUUAACUCUGUGGAGAGAUACAACCCAAAAACCAACACGUGGGAGAGCGUGGCGCCUAUGAACAUCAGACGGAGCACGCACGACCUCGUGGCGAUGGACGGGUGGCUUUAUGCAGUUGGAGGGAAUGAUGGCAGCUCAAGCCUUAACUCCAUUGAGAAGUACAACCCUCGCACCAACAAGUGGGUGGCGGCCUCCUGCAUGUUCACCCGGCGGAGCAGCGUGGGUGUUGCCGUGCUCGAACUGCUCAACUUCCCCCCUCCGUCUUCGCCCACCCUCUCAGUUUCUUCCACCAGCCUCUAACGCUCGAGCCAGAGGCCGGGCAUUACCUCAGUACGAACACACAGUUCUCCUCGAAGGAGCCAGCCGCCGCCACGUGACUUUCCCUAGGGGCUGGCUCUGCUGCAGAAUUUUUUUUUUUGGGGUACCAUCAGCAUCAACAAGACGACAUCCCGAGCAUCAGAAGGGAGGCCCCCACCUCGCCACUGUUGUAGCAUAAGAUGGAGUGAAGACACUACAGCCACGAUCCGAUUGUACAUUGUGAACUGGCUUUACUCCAGGCGACUGGGGUCAGUUCUGGAACCUCCAGACUUUAAUUGGGGUUUGGAAUUAAUCCAACCCUGACAUCAGCUGAAGAGGUUGAGAACCGACACGAUUGCCGACAAUGUCUCUGGAAGUUAGGCCAACGCCCAAGUGGCUCUAUUUGAGAAACCCACAGUACUAAGCAAACACAGGCUCUGUUGUUUUCUGAGCCCUAUUCCAUCUGAGGUUGGUUUCUUCUUGGCAUGUUGCACGUUUAUUUAAUGUCAAAGAAAAAUCACCGAUAGCCCACACGAGUGACAAGAAAUGUGGUUACUGAGCGCAGUGGUGAUCACCAAACACCUCCUUUACAACGACUUCCUCAAAGUUGCUAAGUUAUUUUCAAAACUAUGUAGCAUAUUACUUCACAUAUCAGCUCCUUGGUAAUGACCAUAACCAGAAUACAGAACAUUGGACACAAAAAGAUGCAGGUGAAUGGACAGUAAUAUUCCACAUCCUCUGGGUUCAGGCAUCUAACAGAAUGCAGAAAUAAGCUGUAUAUUUGGUACUGACCACCACCAGUGGGUUCCCUCAUGACUCACUAAGUUAAUGCUUGCUAGGGGCAAGAAGUCUACUUAAUGUAUUCAGUACUGUGCAAAAGUCUUAGGUAUAUAUCUCUCUCUCGGAUGCCAAAGGGUUUUGCACAGUGCUGUGUUUGUCAACGUGGAGUGGAGAGCGAGUUUGAAAGUCUGGUGGGAGCAAAGGAUGUUGGGAAUGGUGAGGAAGGCGCGCCAUGGCAGAGGUGUGGGGGAGUGGCAGGGGUGGGGAGGUGCAGCGCGGGUACAGACACACCCAGUCCUGAGACCCCAGGUGAGGUCAUUUGAUUCCAAACAAUUAGUUUAUUGAUCAUUACAGAAUGUCUCUCUGGUGCUUCCCACUCCCUCCCCUCUCCCUUCCCCUUUUCCCAUCCAUGAUUCCCCUUUCCCACUCUCGGUCCACAACAGAGACCCAUAUCAGAAUCAGGUUUAUCAUCACUCACAUAUGUCAUGUUUUUUUUGUGGUAGUUGUACAGUGCAAUACAUAAAAUUACUACAGUACCGUGCAAAAGUCUUCAGCACCCUAGCUAUACGUAUCUGCAUAAGACUUCUGCACAGUACUGAAUCUUUUUAAAUGGGAGGUACGUAGGCUUCUGUUCAUUUGCCUUCACCUUUUGCAAACUUAAGUUUAUUUUAACUUACUGUCGUCCUCUGGUCUCCACGUCAUUAGUAACAGACAAAUCAGAGUCAAGUUUAUUAUUAGUCUUAUAUGACGUGGUUAGUUUUGUGGCAGCGGUACAGUGCAAAGAAAUAGAAAAGCAGAGGAAAUAGUUGAUUGUGAACCUUAUUGAGAAAGCAAGGAUUGGGCAUCAUCUACUGAACAUUUUAUCUUCAUUUCUCCCGGGAGAUGCAGAAAAGAUGUGGAAGAUUAACCGGUGUUAUGGUAACAGUUUUGCUUAAAGUUGAUCCUCCUCUAAUCCACCUCCCCACAAGGUGAAUUGUAAUAGGGUUCUCCAACAUGGUUGCAAUGCUGCCCCUCUCUGUAGGUCAUUGUCACCCGCUCUUACAGCUCCUGGAUCGGGGGUUCUGAACCCUUUUUAUGCCGUGGACCAAUACCAUUAAGCACGGGCACCAUGGACCCCAGGCUGGGAACCCCUGUCCUGGAUAGUGUGUGCUUAACCAGACCUGUAUUUCCAUUUUAUAGGGUGCCACAGUGGAGCAGCCGUUAGUGCGACACUAUUGCAGCUUUGGGGCGUCGGAGUUUGGAGUUCCUCUCUAACGCAUGCUGUGAGAAAUUUGUACGUCCUUUCUGUGGGUGCGUGGGUUUCCUCCCACAUUCCAAAGACGUACUGGUUAGUAGGUUAAUUGGUCAUUGUAAAUUGUCUAGUGUUAAAUAGGUAGGUUGCUGGGCAGUGGGACUCAAAAGGCGCUGUAUCUCUGAAUUAGGGGUUCCCCACCUUUUUCAUGUCAUAGACCCUUUCUCAUUAACCGAGGGGUCUGUGAACCCCAGGGUGGGAACCUCUGCUCUAAAUAAAAUAAUCUUUUAAAAAUCACAACUAAAGCCCUUAACAGCAAAACCAUGUUUUUCACAAAGGUAUACUGUGAUGCGGCGAUCUGAGCUAAACUGAAUCUGAAGUUUUACUCAACCAAAAGACAUCAAAGUUGCUGGUGAACGCAGCAGGCCAGGCAGUAUCUCUAGGAAGAGGUACAGUCGACGUUUCAGUCUGAAGUUUUACUGUUGACUUUUCAGGACGAGACACUUCGUCGUGUCUCAGCCUAAAGUGUCAACUGUUUAUUUCCCUCCAGAGAUGCUGCCUGACCUGCUGAGUCCCUCCAGCAUGUUGUGUGUAUUGCUCUGGAUUUCCAGCAUCUGCAGAAUCUCUUGUGGUAAAGGUAUACAGUGAUGCUGCAAUCUAAACUAAACAAAAUUGUGAAUGUGGAAGAUACACAGAGGGUCAGGCAGCAUCUAUUUCUCCAACAUUUGGUAAUUUCUUUCCUCCCAGACCCUUCCCUCUUCUUCAAUUCCUCUCUCUGGCCUCUUCCCUCUUUUCCUGACCUGCCUAUCACCCCUCUCUGGAUCUCCUCCUCCUUACCUAUGGUCCACUCCUCCUCCUAUCAGAUUCCUCCUCCAGCCCUUUUACCUUUUCCACCUAUCACCUCUCAGCUUCUUACUUCAUUCCCCCUCCCCAACCCAGCUGGCUUCACCUAUCUCCUUAUAGUUUGCCCUCCUUCCCCUCCUCUCACCUUCUUAUCUUGGCAUCUUCCACCUUUGCUUUUCAGUCCUGAUGAGUUUUGACAUGAAAAGUCUACUGUUAAUGCAUUUACAUAAAUGCUGCCUGACCCGCUGAGUUCCUCCAGCAUGUUGUGUGUGAUGUUCUGGAUUUCCAGCAUCUGUAGAAUCUCUGGUGUUUAACCUUCCCUUACCUUGUGUGGUUCUGCUCAUCCAAAGUUUCAGUUACUGUGUGGGCAUUUCCCUGGGCAGAAAUGGCCAAUAUGAGAGGGUAUAAUUUCAAAGUGUUUGGAGGAAACUACUGGGGGUGGUGUCAGAGGCAGGUUUUUUAAACACAAAAUGGUGGGUGCAUGGAAUGCUCUGCAUUUUUAAAAAAUUCAAUUUAGCAGUGCAAAAAGAGAAGUUUCAGCUAUCGUAGUCCAGACGGAAUAUCUGAUGAUUCCCCUUGGAGCAAAGAGUCAUCACUUUCCGGUCGUUUUAAUUUUAAAUGUGGGGUAAGUUAACCAAAAGCAAUGUAAAGUAUCGAUCAGUAGAGGAAAAUGUCAAACAUACAAGGAGUCAUAUUAGUCAUGAUCUAUUGAUGGCAGACGUCCAAAGGAGCGAAAUGGCUUCAUCCUGGUCCAACGUUUCAAUCUGCACGUUUUUGUCAGUGAAUGUGUGGAGGUGAUAAGAUCUGAUGAUGCAAGUGUGGGAAUCAGAAUCAGUUUCAUAUCACUGGCACAUGUCGUGGAAUUUGUUGUUUUGCAGCAGCUGUACUUUCCAUUGCACAAUCAUAAAAACUGUAAAUUAUAAUAAGUAAUAUAUAUAAAUUAAACAAGUAGUGCAAAAAGAGAGCAAAAGAAAGAGAGAACUAGAAAAAAAAUUGACGUAGUGUACAUGAGUUCAUUGUCCAAUCAGAAAUCUAAUGGUGGAGGGGAAGAAGCUGUUCCUAAAGUGUGUGUGUGUGUGUGUGUGUGUGUGCGUGUGUGUGGGUGUGGGUGUGUGUGUGUGUGGGGGUGUGUGUGUGUAUGUGUGUGCGUGUGUGUGUGUGUCUCUGUCUCUGUCUUCAGGCUCCUAUAACACCUCCUUGAUGCUAGCAAUGAGAAGAGGGCAUAUCUGCAUGAUGGGGGCCUUUAAUGAUGGAUGUCACCAUUUUGAGGUAUCGCCUUUUGAAGAUGUCCUCGAUGCUGGGGAGGCUAGUUUCCAUAUUGGAGCUGGCAGUUUACAACUUUCUACAGCUUUUUCCGAUCUUGUGCAGUGUCCCCUCCAUACUAGCCGGAGAUGAAACCAGUUAGAAUGCUGUCCACAGUACAUCAGUAGAAUUCUGCUAAAGGGCAGAAUAUUUAGGCUAAGCUAUAUGUGAUGGUGCUAUAUCCAACUCUUCCUUUCACUCUCUGACACAGCAGAUCCAUUUUCAUCCCGUUACCAAGAACAACCAUUUACAUAAAGAAGGAAUCCGAUUAAUUGUGACUCGAGUGCAAAUGAAAAUAACUAGCUGCCAGAAACCCAAAAUAAAAACAAAAUGCUGGAAAGACUCAUUAGGUAAGGCAGCAUCUGUGGAAAGAGAAAAAGAGUUUGGAUCAAAAACCAUUUGUCAGAAUUGAGUUGGUGACCUAGAGAGAGAGUAAUUCUGUGUGAGGUCAGAGGGAAGAAACAAGACCACAAGACAUCGGAGCACAGACCAUUCAGCCCAUCAAAUAUGCUCCACUAUUCCAUCAUAGUUGACUUAUUUUCUCUUUUCACCUCAAUAUCCUGCUUUCUCCCUGUAACCUUUGACACCCUUACGAAUCAGGAACCUAUCAACUUCCUCAUUAAAUAUACCCAAUGACUUGGCCUCCACGGCUGUCCGUGGCAAUGAAUUUCACAGAUUCACUAGCCUCUGGCUAAAGAAAUUCCUCCUCACCUCUAUUCUAGAUGGACAUCCCUCUAUUCUGAGGCUGUGCCCUCUAAUCCUAGACUCCCCCACUAUAGGAGAUAUCCUCUCUACGUCCACUCUAUCCGGGUCUUUCAAUAUUUGAUAGGUUGCAAUGAGAUUCCGACCAACCCCCCCCCCCACCCCCAUUCUACAGUGAGUGCGUUUCUCAUACGUUAACCCUUUCAUUCCGGGAUAAUUCUUGUAAGCCUCUUCUAGGUUGGUCUGAUCCACCUCAAACCAUCUCAGAAAGAUGGUCAGUUGUCAGAAUGGGCUCCCCACCCUACAAACCUUUUGUAAGUUUACUCCUCGUGCAGCUGAUCACCUCUGUUGUCGUUUUCUUUCUCUGUUAGAUUUUGCUCCUCCUUAACCUCGGUGCAAUGACUUAGCUUCCACGUGUGCAGCUACAAAGAAAAUGAGAUGUUUGAACAGGCUGGUGAAAUACCACGGGUCUAUUUUAAUUUACUGUUAACACAUGUGAAAUUGUUGCUUAUUUAUGGGUAAUUUAUGUUAUGUGAAAUGUUUUCAUUACCUUUGCACUAAAAGAAAUAGCAAUACAAGCUGUCAAGUGAAAUAAA